AUGGGUUCCGUAGGGGGCGAGCACUUCAAGGACCUCAGCCCUGUGGUGACCCCCGAGGGGAACGUGGUGAUGAGCUUCAGCUUUGACAGCUACCAGCUGGAGGAAGAGGAGCUUCAGGCCAAAGGCUGCCAGGCCAAGGGAGUCCUCACCUUCAUGGAGCCAGUUUGCGAAGACCCUGCGCCCCAGGAUCGCUACCACGGGAUCUACUUUGCCAUGCUGCUAGCAGGGGUUGGCUUCCUCUUGCCUUACAAUAGCUUUAUCACGGACGUUGACUAUCUCCAUCACAAAUACCCAGGGACUUCUAUCGUGUUUGAUAUGAGCCUUACCUACAUCUUGGUCGCCUUGGCAGCCGUCAUCCUCAACAACGCACUGGUGGAAAUGUUGAGCCUCCACACCAGGAUCGCGGUGGGGUACCUGUUUGCCUUGGGCCCCCUCCUCUUUGUCAGCAUCUGUGACGUCUGGCUGGACCUCUUCACCCAGGCGCAAGCUUACGCCAUCAACCUCAUUGCUGUGGGCGUGGUGGCCUUUGGUUGCACAGUGCAGCAAUCCAGUUUUUAUGGCUACACCGGGAUGUUACCAAAGCGCUACACCCAGGGGGUGAUGACCGGCGAGAGCACCGCCGGGGUCAUCAUUUCGCUGAGCCGCAUCUUCACCAAACUCCUCCUAUCGGACGAGAAGGAGAACACCAUCAUCUUCUUCUUCAUCUCCAUCACCCUCGAGCUCAUCUGCUUCGUCCUCCACCUCCUGGUGAAGCGGACACACUUUGUGAAAUACUACACUGCCCGCUCUCGGGACAGGGGGCCCCCCGAGUGCAGGGGGCCUGGGGGCCAUGGUUCGGGGUACAGGGUCCACCACGAUGUCACAGCCGAGGACAUCCGAUUUGAGAACCGGCCGGGUGGGCAAGAGGCCUCCCCCCCAGAAGCCUUUGGGCAGGAAGGGGAACUGGCUGGUGGCGGAGGCACCUACGUGAGAUUUGACGUCCCUCGGGCCAAAUUCCAGAGGAGCUGGCCGAGCUUCAGAGACAUGAUGCUCCACCGUUACAUCGUCUCGAGAGUCAUCUGGGCGUACAUGCUCUCCAUCGCGAUGACCUACUUCAUCACGCUGUGCCUCUUCCCCGGACUGGAGUCUGAAAUCCGGAACUGCACCCUCGGGGAGUGGCUUCCCAUUCUCAUCAUGGCCAUCUUCAACCUCUCGGACUUUGUGGGCAAGAUCCUGGCUGCCUUGCCUUAUGACUGGAGGGGCACGCACCUCCUCAUCUAUUCCUGCCUGAGGGUGGUCUUCAUCCCGCUCUUCAUCAUGUGCGUCUACCCGAGCGGGAAGCCCACCUUCGGCCACCCGGCCUGGCCCUGCGUCUUCUCCCUCCUCAUGGGCAUCACCAACGGCUACUUUGGCAGUGUGCCCAUGAUCCUGGCGGCGGGCAAGGUCAGCCCCGAGCAGCGGGAGCUGGCAGGUAACACCAUGACCGUCUCCUACAUGUCGGGCUUGACUCUGGGCUCUGCCGUGGCCUAUUUGGCUUACAGGCUCACCAGCAUGUCCCACAGCACCUGCUUCCGCACCGAGACCUACAACAGCUCCAUCACGCCAGGGUACUGAGCGGAGGUUCCCCCCCCAGGGCCGCCUCCGCUUCUUCCUCCGACCGCCAGAGUCCCAGGCGAGGUGGGGAGGGAGAGAGAGGAAGAGAGAGAGAGAGAGAGGAGGGGUCUCCCGCGAGAGGCUGCCGUUCUGCAGGAGCAGCUGCCGGACCGUGUUGGGAAAAUGCAAAGCGACCAUCUUCCUCCCUCCGGCUGAGAAGGGGAAGGACCAGCAGCGGGGAAGCUCUCCUGCGCAAGGCUUGUUGGAACCUUGUUGUAGAGUUGGGAGGGACCCCCAGGGGUCAUCUAGCCCAACCCCCUGCAAUGCAAGAGCCGCAACUGAAGAGUCCCCAACAGGCGGCCACCCAAAAUAAAACCUCCACGGAAGCAAAGUCCAAGGAAUUCCAUUCCACUGUCAAUCAGCUCUUACUGUUCGGUGCAGGAUAAUUCCCCCCGGGGCCAGAUCCCUGCUCCCAUCUGGCCCCUUUCCUCAGGGGUAGGAGGAACGCCCUCCCACCCCCAUGCGAGUUCUCCCGCCACCCUUGCGAGGUAGGACCCCUUGCAAGUGCUGCCGGUCGCUGGGCUUGGGGGCGGCCUGGCUUCUGUGAGUUUGUGGGAAAGGGGAUUCAGAAGGAUUCGGCUUUGGCCCAAAGUGGGGAGGUGUGUGGCUUUGUCUCCCCCCUGACUUUGGAGGGGGCUUUGACCGGGGUGAGGCAGGAACCCCCAGGGGGCUUGUUCACACACCAGCCUUCCCCCCCCCCCCCGCAGCAGAUCGGUCCCGUCAUGGUAAAUUUUGUCCUGUGGUGAGACUUGUCCAGUUGAAAUUAAAAUAGGCGGACUGCUUUUACGUUGCAGCGGAGAGGAAGUGUGUGGUUUGGCUUUGUCUGCAUCACACGGCGCAAGGCUGCAGGGGUGCAUUUUUAAUUUGGAAAUUACUCAGUACAGAAGCCACAGGCUCCCUUCACAUAGAAAGCUAGCAUGUCGAAGGGCCUAGCCGGGUCUUCUCCCUAACUUGCUACCAGUGCAAUUUUUCUAGGAAAAGAGGUGCUGGAACUCACCCUUGUUCUCUUGUAAUGGUGCCAACCUGAGAGGGGCUGGAACUGGGUUCCAGUGAGAUCUGGAUGAAAAAAGGCCCUACCUGCUACCUUUCUAAGUGCAGGGCAGUUAUGUGAAAACUGAGAAUUCAAACAGGAGAUUUCCCACCUCCACAAGUUUCUAAAGCAAAGACUAUCCUGUCUGCACCCCCACUGGAUGUAUAAAUUGGCUGUUACCCCUUGGGGGCCCAAAAGGUUGCAUGGAUAAAUUAUCUGGUCAUAAGAGUUUUAGGAAUCUUCACUCCAAAGUAUUAAGGGAUGGGAGAAGCAAGCUAGUGGUUCUGUAUCCCCUCCAUGCCUUUUUAUUGAGGAAGCAAACAAGCUAAACUCCGAAAACCGUCUGAUCCUGCACCCAGGUGGACAGUUUUACCCCAAGGCCUCUUCUGUCCUAGUUGCAGCCCCCCCCCACUCCAUUGGGCUGUCUCCAAAAUGAGCUUGCCCAAAGCAGAGAUGCAGGAGGUGGAUCUCUGCGCAAGCUGUGACAGAUCUACCUUGCUUUGUAGAAGCACCAAACUUGCGUCUCUGGGCGCAGCGCCAUCGUGAUGGCGGACAGCCUCUCCGAAGCUGGCUAGCUGCUAAUAGCGGCUUGCUUUUCGCAACGAGAAAGUCCAAGAUGCAGAUUACCCCCCCCCCCCAAUUGCCUUCAGCAAUUGUCUUGGACAUCUGGGAAAGCCCCUCCCAGUAGCUGCAGACGGAAAAAGGGGUGUGUGUGCACGGGGAGGGUUGCUCGGAUAUGAUGUGAAGAGGAAACUGGUGGGUGGGGAAGGGUGCAUGGGUGCAGGAGGGGAAGCGGGGUUAGGCAGUCGGGUGAAGCACCCCUUCCCUCCCACCCUCACGCUGUA